AUGUUUACUGUAAUCCCAGUUACUCAACCUUCAUCAGACACGAAGCAUCCAUUAUUACUGUUACAGUCAGUUCAUGGUGAUCGUUACAUGUUUGGUAAAAUUACAGAAGGUGCACAAAGAUCCAUCACUGAAAAUAAAAUAAGAAUUUCUAAACUACAGAACAUCUUUCUAACUGGUAAUUUGAAUUGGUCUUGUGUUGGUGGGCUUCCUGGAAUGAUUCUUACAAUUGCUGAUCAAGGCAAAGAUAAAUUAUGUUUGCAUUACGGUAGUGAAUUGAUUAAUUAUGUAGUCUCUACGUGGAGAUAUUUUGUCUUCAGAUUUGGGAUCGACUUAUCCACCAACACAGAAGCUUUUUACAAGGACAAAUUGAUAAAUGUGAGAUCUAUAACCGUCAAAGCGUCUGAAAUUAAUGAAAAACAUUUCAAUAAAACAGAAAACGAUGCACUUACUGCAAUUAUUUCAAAUAUGUUCCCCAAAAAUGAACCUACCUCAAGGUAUGAUCCAUCUUCCGAUCCGUUACUCAACGUUAAUUUACCAUUGAAUGCAGAAAAUUUCAAGCAAAGCUCUUCCACAAAUUAUGAAAUUAAGUUCAAUCCGAUAAGAGGUAGGUUUAAGGUGGACGAGGCAGUGAAACUUGGAGUCCCCAAGGGUCCAUUGUUUGCAAAAUUAACCAAAGGUGAAUCUAUCACCUUACCAGACGGAACAACAGUUUUUCCAAGUCAAGUUUUAGAAAAGGAAAGACAAUUUGCCAAGCUUUUAAUAAUUGAUAUUCCAGAUGACUCUUAUGUUGAUUCUUUUAUUUCCACUUUCCAAGAUUAUGAUUGUAGUGAUUUAGGUGUCGUUUAUUACUUUUUGAAUGACACUGUGUCAAUAAAUGAUAGAUUAAUCAAGUUUAUGAACUGUUUCAAUAGGCAGAAUAGAAAUAUAAAUCACAUUGUAUCGCAUCCAAAAAUUUCUCCUAAUAAUAUCUCAUUUAUGGGAUCUACCAUAACUUUACUGAAACUAAAGGCUCUCCAAUUGGAAAGUUAUAAUUUACCAAGACUAGAUCGAUUAAUGUCCAAAGAGUUUUACGAUUUUUUUCAGAAAAGACCUUCCUUUCCCGGCACGUCAAUGCUACAAUCACAACCUGAUCCAAUUGUAUCUGAGGAAUCCUUCGAUAAUAGUAAGGUCUUCGUUUUUGAUAGAAAUACGACAGUUGCAGUGAACGCGUAUACUAAAGGUGACCCACCUGCUGACUUAAGCUGUGAAGUCCACCAAAACAACUUCAAAUUUUCAUGGAAAGCUUUGUACGACAAGCAUAUCAAACCAUUAAAUUUACCAGCUGUGUCAUUUCCAAAAUUAAUCGAAUCACAGCUAAAUGUGAACAAUUUCAAUAACUCUAACGAGACUACGAAAGAAGUCGAAGUUAUAACAUUAGGAACAGGUAGUGCACUACCUUCAAAAUACCGUAAUGUUGUUUCGACAUUAAUUAAAGUACCAUACUUUUCCGAUCAUGAGAUGAAACAAAGAAACAUUAUCUUCGACGCUGGAGAAAAUACAAUAGGUACCAUAAAUAGAAUGUUUUCAUCAAUUGAUAAGAAACGGAUUUUCAAAGAUUUGAAAUUAGUAUAUCUGAGCCAUCUACAUGCCGAUCACCACCUUGGCAUCAUUAGUUUACUUAAAGAGUGGUACAGGCAUAAUCAUGACGAUGAAAAUGCAAAAAUUUAUUUAGUUACACCAUGGCAAUAUAACAAAUUCGUAAAGGAAUGGCUACUAUUUGAAGAUUCUAAGAUUUUAGAUAGAAUACAGUAUAUCAGUUGUGAACACUUGAUAAAUGACCGGUUUGUCAGAAUGGAGACUAAGGCUUUAACUUUGGAUGAAGUGACCAAAAAUAGUAACGGUAUGAAAAAACGCAAAUUGGAGUUAGACCAAACGUCCUCCUACAGGAAUUUGGAUUUGAUCCGUGCCAUGUACAGAGAUCUCAACAUGAUUUCUUUUCAAACUUGCAAAGCUAUCCAUUGUAAUUGGGCGUACUCAAAUUCGGUGGUAUUAAAAACUUCCAGUAAUAAAAGUUUCAAAAUAUCGUAUUCUGGUGAUACAAGACCGAAUAUAGAUAAAUUCGCGAAAGAAAUUGGUCACAAAUCUGAUCUUUUGAUCCAUGAAGCAACAUUAGAUAAUGACUUAGUCGAAGAUGCAAUCAAGAAGAGACACUGCACUAUAAAUGAAGCUAUCAACGUUUCUAACAUGAUGGAGGUCGACAAGCUAAUUUUGACACAUUUUUCACAAAGGUAUCCAAAAGCCCCACAAUUGGAUAAUAAUAUUGAAAUACAGGCUAAAGAGUAUUGUUUUGCGUUUGAUGGAAUGAUUGUAAAUUACGCAACUCUUGGAGGUCAAAAAGCUAUAUUGCCCAUGCUGAAUAAGGUGUUCUUAGAAGAGAAAGAAUCCACUGAAAUUGAAGAAGAGGAAGAUUAA